AUGGCGAGCGGGAGCGCUGCACGGAUGGAGCGUGGGUACAUCUUUGGAUUCUGUUGUCUGGUUCUCUUGGACCCCGGGCGAGUUUGGACCAGGGCUCCUAACACCAAGGAUCCUGAGUUGGAAGGACAAAAGGGAGGCAAAGCCAACACCAGCUUGGGUCCUACCAUGGAAGACACCGCUGUGGCCCCAACCGAGGUCAUGCCAGGAGGUGACCGAUGCCUUGGUUACUAUGAUGUCAUGGGGCAGUGGGACCCUCCAUUUAAUUGCAAUUCAGGGAUCUAUCGGUUUUGCUGUGGGACCUGUGGGUACCGCUUCUGCUGCCAGUUCAAGCAUGGACGGCUGGACCAGAGCGGAUGCUCCAAUUACGACACGCCCGACUGGGUCAAUACAGGCCAGCCGCCAUCCCAGGUGGAUGAGACCCAUGAGGACCCCACUCGGGACAAGACCAACAUGAUUGUGUAUAUCAUCUGUGGUGUCGUGGCCAUCAUGGUGCUGAUAGGCAUCUUCACCAAGCUGGGCCUGGAGAAAUCGCAGAGCCCUCAGACGGAGAUGACUAUGUCCAGGACUCUCACAGACUUGCUGAAGCAGCCAGGCCACAGCCCCUCCGACCACAUGGCAGACGGCCACGUAGGCAGUGUCCAGCUCCAGCUUGGUGAGGGCCUCACGCGGGGAUCCCCCAGGAAUGGCACAGAUAAGAUGCACUUGAAUAAUGCUGUGGUCAGCACCCCUAUAGUCCCCCAGAUUGGCCUGCCACACUCCCACAGCAACCGCCUGCCGAUGACAAGCACCAUGCCCCUCCAGGCUCCAGACUACACCAAGUAUGCCACGCUCAAGGCUGUAGAAAGCGCACCAGAGGAAUUCUACAAGCGGUUUCCUGCCGUAGACAUGCCACCACCAGGCACGCUGUCCUUCCCACCCAUGGGGCUGCAUCAGAAAGACACAACUACCCUGCAGGAUGGCUACCCCCUGGUCGGCUUGGCCACACCUGGGCAGAAGGCAAAAGUGGUGAAAACCAACGCGCACACCCUGGCAGCCAGCCCUGGCUUCAAGGGAGGCUGGGACCCUAGCCACCACCAUCACCACCCUGACAUCCGCCGACAGGUCUAUGCCACCAAGCGCCAGUUCAGUAUUGAGAAGCUGCCUGAGGUCUUCAGCCAGACGCCGUCCCACUAUGUCCCUCCCCAGCGGCACUUCUCCACCAAUAGCAAGACUGAGGUCACCGUCUAAAAAGGACCUUCAUCUUCUCUUUUUUUUUUUUAAUAUCCCUGCAGCCUCUGGGGCUGGCAGUUAGCCAGUCGAGAACACCUGAUUGCAAGGUACCAGAGCUGCUUGCCUAUCACAGCUGGCAUUGCUAGGUUGUGUGGCAGGAGACAAGAGAAGGGUUGUGGGAGGACCCACCAGAACCGACACACCACGCACUCCCCCUCCCCCCCAGAGUACUUGGUUAACGUGCAUGGUGAACCAGGCAUGCAUGCUGUCCUGUGAUUGAUGCACGGCUUUUUUCCAGUUCACCUGUCCAUCAUCUCACUUCUGUAGCAGACUGGUCAGUGUUGAGGGAAGCCAAGGAGACUCCAGUGCGGUUCUCCGUGGAAUCACAUUGUACCAUUGCUAGAGGGAGGCACAGACCUCUUAGGGGAACGACAACUCUUAGAAGAUGGGAGCGAACAACAACCAGUAAGUCCCUUGGUGUUUGCCUACUUACCCUGUUCCCUCCCUCUUCCUCUUGAUGUCAUUUUUAAACCAGGCGACAGAAUCACAAGUACCGAAAGUAUAAAUAACUGUACAAACAAGCAGCUGUCAAGGGCUUGAGAUGAAUUUUAGACGUCUCCCUUUACCUCCUGCU